ACUCAAUUUGGAAAAUGGGGUGCAAGUCAUCAGAGAAGCCAAUAAAGCCGAAACACAGAAAGGGCCUGUGGUCACCCGAAGAAGAUCAAAGGCUUCGAAACUACGUCCUCAAACAUGGGCAUGGCUGCUGGAGUUCCGUCCCCAAAAACGCUGGCUUGCAGAGGAACGGAAAGAGCUGCAGAUUAAGGUGGAUUAACUACUUAAGGCCAGGAUUAAAGCGAGGGAUGUUUUGCAAGGAAGAGGAGGACACAAUCCUAACCUUUCAUCGCAUGUUAGGCAACAAGUGGUCUCAGAUAGCGCAACAUUUACCUGGAAGAACAGAUAAUGAGAUAAAGAACUACUGGCAUUCUUAUAUGAAGAAGAAAGUGGCCAAAGCUGAAGAAAUGAAAGCUCACAUCAAAACUCAGUAUACAAGUUCAAGCUCAGACAUUAAUAUGGAUUCUUCACCCUCUCCCAAAAUGUCGGCAAUCGGAGUUCCAAUUUACAAUUCAGUACUUGGACAUGUGGGAAAAUCACUGAAGUGUACUGAUCAGGAAUCCGUUCCACAGACUUGUGACUUUCCUGGGGAUCAGGCUAACUGUAGCAACUUCUUACCAAAGGUUUUAUUUGCUGAGUGGCUUUCCCUAGAUCAUGUUCAUGGUUGGAACAAUAUUGCAGAUUCAGGUGAGGGACUAAUCUCCAGAUCAGAUGCUCCUAAUUCUCAUAAUCCAAACUUCCAGUUCACUCCCAUGCAUGGCUUUUCAUCAAAUGAUGGAACAUAUGGUGGCCAGUUUCACAACGUGCAAAGCCAUGCUUCAUCCACAGAGAUGUUUAAUUCGCAAUUUAAGUUUGAGGAUCAAUUUAUCUCUGGGGAUGAUGUAUGUCGUGAUUUCAAUAUGAACAAUGAUGUGAUGUAUAUAUAA